AACCAGUGUAUCAGGAAGUGUGUUGUUUGCACAAGCGCAGUGUAAUUGUCAGGUGAUUGUGGCUUGUCCUACAUUUUGUUCAGUAGAGGUGUUUGCUAUUAUCGAUAUUGACAGUUUGGAUAUUUCUCAAGCAGAUCUCUGAAAAUGAGUGACCCGUAUAACGCUCCGCCAGCAUACACUCCGUCAGCCAACCAGCCUGGCUCGUACCCACCUCCAAGUGGGGCACCGUACCCACCACAAGGGGUUCCGUAUGACCCGUCGAAGAUGCCGCGACCUUCGCAGCCGAGCUACCAGCAGUACAGCAGUAUCACAGUCCAGCCACAGCAGCAGAUUGUCGUGGUCGGCGGUUGUCCAGCGUGUAGGGUUGGAGUGUUGGAGGAUGACUUCACGUGUCUUGGUGUUUGCUGUGCUGUCAUCUUCUUCCCCAUCGGCAUUCUCUGCUGUCUGGCCAUGAGGCAGCGAAGAUGUAUGCACUGUGGAGCUAUUUAUGGUUGAUUGUUAUAAACAUCAACAAUUAACUCUCAUUCCCAACUCUACAAAUGUUAUCACAAAUUAAAUAUAUAUAUAUAUUUUAUGAUCUAUGGCAUGCAAUUGUUUCAUUAAUUGUUACAUUUUUGCCACCUAGCUUGUAUAACAUAAAAUCAUUAUUAUUUUUUUGACAAAAGAACACAAGUUCGUAUUGGAGAGAAAUUAGGUUUGUUAAAGUUGGCAAUUAUUUGAUCUAUCUAUCUCUCUCUCUCUCUCUCUCUCUCUCUCUCUCUCUCUCUCUCUCUCUCUCU